GUUUUCCUGCCUUGUCUCCAUGGAGGGUGUCUUGUCAUCCUCAGCUGUGAGUGUACGCAGUGCUGUAUCCUAGGAUGCAGGGCCCGGGUGGAAAUAAGGGUCUGGGAUGAUGGGGGGGAGUGGUUUAUGUUGAUGAGGCUGCUUACAUGACCCUCUGUGACUUCUGACCUGGAAUCGGGUGCCUGGAAGUGGGCAGAGUGAGUGUCAGUGACUGACAGGCUGGGAAGAGAAGAAAGGAAAGUGUGUGGAUCUGGGGGAGUGAGCCCAGCACCCAGCCGCUUGGGGAGGCAGAAGGCACCUGGUGCCCGAGUGACUGAAGUCUGUUUUCCAGAAUGAUUCUGUUCUGGAUUCUGGGUUGGGGUAUGUGGGGUGUCUGGCUGUGCUAAGCUACGGUUCCAUCUGCAGGGUGACUGCUGACCUCCAGGGCUGCUGAGCCCUUCCCUUCUCUGGUCACCAGCCUCUUUGAAGGCAGACACUCUCAGUGCUUCUGGCGUGGGUUCCAUUUGGAAGGACCCUGAAGAGCGGUCAGUCUGUUCUGGAAUGUGGCAGUGGGGCCAGAAUACUGAGGUGUUUAGUUUUGUUUUGUUUUAGUGAGUUCUAGGCCCAGUGUGGGGCUUGAAGUCACGCCCCGGAGGUCAGGAGUCGCAUGCUCUACUGUCUGAGCCAGCCAGGAGCCCCUGAGUUUUUAAAAUCUCAUGUUCAUCCCAUUGAUUACAGAUUUUAGAGUCACUUCCUUAAUAAAUAUUUGAGUAGCUCUGUGUCGGACACAGGGGGAUUCAGGGAUGAGCAAAGGGAACUUCCGUCUUCUUGCAGUUGACCGUGUGUUUGGGGAGACAGGCAGUAAGGAGACAAUUCUGUAAAUAUAUAAAAGUGAGGUGCUGUGAGGACAGAGUUCGGGGAACUGGGUGAAACGGGGGCCCAGGAGGCUACCUCCAGAGGAUCAGUGAAGGAGAAGGGAAGCAAGUUCCAGGGAAAGGGAAUAGCAUGGGCAAAGGUUUAGAGGUGGGACCAGCACGGGGCCACUUUAUUCCAAAGCCCUGGGGUUUUCUUCUGUUGCAAGUCGGUCCUUGGAUACGGCAGACUGGCCUGUGGGAGUCUGCUCUGGACGGUGGCCAGGCAGGAGACAGCUCCGCUGGGCUUGGUGUGGUGUCUGGGUUCAGCCUGGAUUUGUAGCCUGAGGCCUGGGUGAGGAAAGCCCUCCUCUGGAUCCUGAGGUGGGUGGCGCUUAGGAAACCUUUGCUGAGCAUUCUCAGUGCCCUCAGUGCUGGGUAGGGCGGCUGCGUCUUCCUGGAGGUGGCUAGAGUAGCACUUGGCACACGUGUUUCUACACUCUGGCGCCUUCACAUGGCCAAAGAGCUACGGAGACCAAGGAUGUUGGUUUUGGGGAGAAGCUGAUGGCUGGGGUGGCCCACUUAGGCAAAGCUCUUCACCUGUGACGUUGGGUUCAGUGACUGAAUUCGCAAUCCAGUCAGCUAGAGGGGAAUGUGAAGGGUGGGACAGAGGUGGCUUCUGGGUGCCCAUGCAUUCCAGCUCCUGGACCUGGGCCUUGGCCUCUGGGAGGCCCUCAUUGAUGCUCUGAGUUCCCUGGCUGUUAAAGCGUGGAUUGAAAGCAGUAGCUUGGAGCAGUUCAGAGAACGAGUGUAUGCUGCGUGAUUAAUAAAAAAGCGAUGGGUUGGGGAAUAAGAGCAGUUUUUUCAUAGGUACCCUGUGUUCUGAGCUGUUUUCUUGACCCUGCACGUCUUUACGUGGGGUGUCCCUGUCCCGUUGUUGGGGUUCUGUGGCAGAUGCUGCCUACUGGUAGAGCCGGUUGAGCGGGGGUGGGCCCAGCUGCCCCAUGUGGCCUGACAUUGCAGGAACCCUCUGGCGUUCAUGCCCUCGCCCCAGGAUUUGGGGGUUGCUGUGUUUUGCAGUGGGCUUGGAUCACUUUGGAAAGAGCCCUGUUUAGGUCUUAAGCACUGAUGGGUCCGAUGCUGGGUGGCGGGCUCAUUCUUAAGCUUUCACUCAAAAAGGAGCCUCAGAAACUGAUUUUUAUCAAAACUGUGACCCUGUCCUGCCCUAGGGCCUCCAGCGGGCACCUGGGAGGGAGGAGUGGCCCCUGGGCCCUUAGCCUCCUGUCCAUCAGGUCUACAGCCGUUGGCUGUGGGCCAUGCAGCAGCUUGGCUGUAUCUCUGCCUAGCACCUGGGCUGAGCCAGCUGUGACAGUGGUAUGAGUAGGAUUCUCUCCUGGGAUUCUCUGAUCCUUUAAACUUGAAGAGUUGUCACAGGGCAUUUUAGAUCAUCUUUGCCGGUCCAGCGAUGAACCAGAUCUCCGUGAUCUGUUGAACUUUUUCUAGAUGCCCUGGAUGGAGUGAGGGGCAAGAGAGACGCAGAGGGUAACACACACUCAGGACCUCUUGUGUGCCGCCUCUGGCAGGAGGGAUCCUGACCUGCUGGCUUUCCCGGCAGUGGUGAAUGAGCCUGCCAGUCUCAUUGCACCCCUGCCCAGGCCUCUCCUCUCACACCCCUGCCGGCACAGUGUGAGUGCUGAGAGCUGGGUGAGCAUUUUCCCCUGUACGCCAGGCCGAGCUGAGGCUCUCCUCUGGGGAAGAUGGCAGCCCUGCGAACCGCUCCGGGCUCACCAGCCACGCAGCCGGCGAAGGCGGAGGAUGGGUUGGAAUGCGGUCCUGCUCAGGAGGAAGAAGAGGAAGAAGACCAGGGGGAAGAGGUGGAGAUAGAGGAGGAGGAGGAAGAGAUCCCGGUGGGGGAAGGCCCGGACAAGCAGGUGGCGGGGGACCAGGAGGGGGGGGGGGCGGGCAGGGCAGCGGACCAGGUGGAGGUGGAGUUGGAGGAGGACGGCGAUGUGGAGGUGACGGCGGAGGAGCGGAGUCUGACCUUGGGGGCCCGGGAGCGCCGCAGCCACGCUGCUGAUGCCAAGUCCCCGGUUCUCCAGCGACAGGCCUCGCAGGCUGCCCGGGUUCCAGCCCUGCCUCGGGAUGAGGACCUGGAGGAGGAGGAGGACGAGGACGAGGAGGACGAGGAGGAGGAAGAGGAGGAAGAGGAAGACGAGGAGGAGGAAGAUGAUGACGAUUCCCUGACCGCUGGGUCUCAGGGGCUGGUGACCUUUGAAGAUGUGGCUGUGUACUUCUCAUUGGAGGAAUGGGAAAGGCUGGGCGCAGACCAGCGCGACCUUUACAAGGACGUCAUGCAGGAAAACUAUGGGAUCCUGGUGUCCUUGGGCUACCCAAUCCCCAAGCCGGAUCUGAUCUUCCGGCUGGAGCAAGGGGAGGAGCCCUGGGUCCCAGAUAGCCCCCGUCCUGAUGAAGGAGACAUUGUCACUGGCGUCUACACAGGGGCCUGGUUCUGGACCGACGACCUAGACGACCAUGAGGAGGACGACGACGAGGACUUCCUGGCGGAGGUGGCCGAGGAAGAGAACGAGCCCCCGGGGCUCUGGUCAGCGGCCUACGGCGUGGGGGACGUUCCUGGGACGUGGGGCCCCGAUGACUCGGAUUCAGCGCAGACUCCGGAGGGGUGGGGUCCCGACCCCGGGAGCCUCGGGGUCCUGGCCGAGGGGUCCGAGGCGAAGCCCUUCCUGCCGGGCCGGGAGCCUGGCGUGAACCUGCUGGCGCCCUGGGCGUUCCCUGCCACCGUGGCUGCUCCGGCCGGGCGGCCCGAGACCACGUGCGACGUGUGCGGCAAAGUGUUCCCGCACCGGUCCCGGCUGGCCAAGCACCAGCGCUACCACGCGGCCGUCAAGCCCUUCGGCUGCGACGAGUGCGGCAAGGGCUUCGUGUACCGCUCGCACCUGGCCAUCCACCAGCGCACGCACACCGGAGAGAAGCCCUUCCCGUGCCCGGACUGCGGCAAGCGCUUCGUCUACAAGUCGCACCUGGUCACGCACCGGCGCAUCCACACGGGCGAGCGGCCCUACCGCUGCGCCUUCUGCGGGGCGGGCUUCGGGCGCCGCUCCUACCUGGUCACGCACCAGCGCACGCACACGGGCGAGCGGCCCUACCCGUGCCCGCACUGCGGCCGCAGCUUCAGCCAGAGCUCGGCGCUCGCGCGGCACCAGGCGGUGCACACGGCCGACCGGCCGCACUGCUGCCCCGACUGCGGCCAGGCCUUCCGCUUGCGCGCCGACUUCCAGCGCCACCGGCGCGGCGGCGGUUGCGCGGAGCCCGGCAGCGACGGCCCUCGGCGGGAGCCCUGCGACACGGUGCCCGCGGCGGGGCCCGAGGAGGCCGAGGUCGGGCCGCAGGGGCCCGAGGAGGCCGAGGCCGGCGAGGCGGACGGAGAGGCCGAGGCGAGAGAGGAGGCGGAGGCGGCGGCGGCGGCGGCGGUGGGGCCCAGCCCCGGGCGCAAGGAGGACCCCGAGCCGGACAGGCGGUUCCUCGAGCUGGGCAACGGCCUAGGGGAGGGCGAAGGCCCUUCCUCGCACCCACUCGGCUUCCACUUUCCCGUGCACCCCAAGUCCUGGCUCCACCCGGACGGCUUCCCGAUCCUGGGCCUCCCGGACUUCGGGGAGCGGCUGCCGGCCGACGGGCGCCCCCUGCCGGGACCCCUGGGGGGCCGGCUCGCCCUGGUGGAGGGCGCCGGGCUAGCCUGCGACCCUUUCGGCGGCGGCGGGCCGGGGGGCGGCGGCGGCGGCGGGCUGCGCGCGUUCGCGCCGGCCGUCGGGGGGCUGCUGGCCGAGCCGGCGCCCGCCGCGCUAGCUGAGGAGGAAAGCCCGUGGAUCUGCUCCGACUGCGGCAAGACGUUCGGGCGCCGCGCGGCGCUGGCCAAGCACCAGCGCUACCACGCGGGCGAGCGGCCGCACCGCUGCGCGGACUGCGGCAAGAGUUUCGUGUACGGCUCGCACCUGGCGCGCCACCGCCGCACGCACACGGGCGAGCGGCCCUUCCCGUGCCCCGAGUGUGGCGCGCGCUUCGCCCGCGGCUCGCACUUGGCGGCGCACGUGCGGGGCCACACGGGCGAGAAGCCCUUCGUGUGCGGCGUGUGCGGCGCGGGCUUCAGCCGGCGCGCGCACCUGACGGCGCACGGGCGCGCGCACACGGGCGAACGGCCGUACGCGUGCGGCGAGUGCGGCCGCCGCUUCGGGCAGAGCGCGGCGCUGACGCGGCACCAGUGGGCGCACGCCGAGGAGAAGCCGCACCGCUGCCCCGACUGCGGCAAGGGCUUCGGCCACAGCUCGGACUUCAAGCGGCACCGGCGCACGCACACGGGCGAGAAGCCCUUCCGCUGCACGGACUGCGGCCGCGGCUUCGCGCAGCGCUCCAACCUGGCCAAGCACCGGCGCGGCCAUACCGGCGAGCGGCCCUUCCCGUGCCCCGAGUGCGGCAAGCGCUUCUCGCAGCGCUCGGUGCUCGUGACGCACCAGCGCACGCACACGGGCGAGCGGCCCUACGCCUGCGCCAACUGCGGCCGCCGCUUCUCGCAGAGCUCGCACCUGCUCACCCACAUGAAGACGCACCGCAGCGCGGCGGGCGCGCCCGGCUCGGCGCCAGCGGCCCCCGCGUCUAAGGCCGAGGCUCCCGCCAAGGGGCCGCCGGUCGCGGGCAGCGGGCCCGGGGAGCGCGGCAGCACCCUGCUGGAGUUCGCGGGCGGAACGAGCUUCGGCUCUGAGCCGACGGCCACCUUCGCGGGGCCCUCGGGCGCCUACGAGGAGAGCAUCCUGUGAUGGCCCGAGGCCGACGGAGGCGCAGCCCGCUGGGCCGCCGGCCCCUUGCUCCUCUGGCCUCGGGGUGCUGAGGGCCCCAGUCCUGGUGCGGUGCCUUCCCCUCAGCCCCCGGUGCACCGCCCCGCCCCCCCGGCCUCGGGCGCCCCUCCUGCCCGGCCCUGGGAAACCGGGUCGCCAAAGCUCGUCCGGCCGUGCAGGGGGCGCGUGGGGAGAGGAGAGCCGCGCGCGGAGGAGGCGAGGGCAGGGGGCGGCCACCCCGACCAAGACUGCGGCAUUCCUGGGUCUGUGCUGUGGAGCCACGCGGUAGGGAUGUCAGGCGAUCUUAUUUAUUUCACUCGGGUUCCGAUUUGGGUGGCCUGGGGGACCGGCGGCCGAUGAGUUUGUAAGUGGGUUGUACAGCGAGGGCGGGGAAGCCCUUGCGUCAAGGGGAGGGUGGGGUGGUCGAGGGCGAAGCAUCCGGCUCCUCCCGUGGGUUUGGCUGACGACUUCUUCCCAUUCCUCAGUGAGAGACUUCAGGGACCUUCUGGUCAUUUGAGUGUGUCCGGGAAGUUUUAAGGACUGCGCGGGGCUAGGGGAAGCCUUAUGGGUUUCCGGCGGACGAUGUUCCUCCCUACCCAGGGGGGACGGAGAUGCAACUGGGAAAGCUUUCUUUCUGUCUACUGUGGAUAUUUAUUUCCAUUUCUUGUAUGGCCUGAAGAAUCUGGGAGGAGGAGGAAAAGCCAGAAACCAAAUUUGUGGCCCCAGGCGGGUGGGUUGCAGGUGUCCCAGGGUCCUGAGGGAGUUUGAAGCCUUAUUCUGGGGGAGGGUCACUCGCUCUCACCCCACUUGAGCACCUAGAUCAGCCAGGCAAAAUUCUGCCCGGUGGGUUUUGGUCUCCGCCUCCCCUUUGAGUCCUUUGGUACUCUCACCUCUGGCAGCUAGAGGGGCCACACUCAGAGAUCCUCAGGGGCCCCUUGCUGGCUGCUGCGGCCAUGGCCCAGCCUUCAACUGCCUGGGCCGCCACCAACACCCCCCCCCCCAGAGCAGAUGGACACAUGGGUCCCUGCCCUCUAAGCCCAGUGCUUGUUUAAAUUUAAUAACCAAUUGUAAAGUGACAGGUCGGCAGCAGGAUCAUUUCUCACAUCCCUAUGGGGUUAGGGCCCUAUGACGUCUGCAGGUCCCUUUAAUGCUGCUUCUGUCAUUAUUCUAUACUAGAAGCAAGUAGUGUUUCUAUUUAGAAUUCCAUGUCACAGGGUGGGCAGUCUGUACAGUGGAAGUCCACCUCUGGGGGUGUGGACUUGAGCCUGUGGCUCAAUGACAAGCCAGGCACCCAGCUAUGCAAGGCCCGCACCUGGUGGGCAUGCCACCCUCCGGGUUGGGCCAUUGGGAGCCACUGGGCAGGCAGCUGAAGUAUGGCUCACAUGAGAUCCUUUCCUCCCUUAAUGCCUUUUGGGCCAGUGUGAGUGGGGCCAGAAAACAGAUUUUAAAUUAACUGCAUUCCCUCGUAGACCUAGUUCCUUCUGUUUUAGUGUAGACAUGGCCUUGGGGCCUGAGAGCCAGCAGCCAGGCUGCUGGGGCUGGGGGCGGGGUAGGAGGCGCAGUAGUUGGUGGGUGGGAAGGGGGCAAGGAUGGUGGUAAGAAUUCACCUGGCUGGGUGAGGUGGUGGGGUGGGUUGGGGUGCUGAGGAGGGCAAGGGUCCCAGGAGGCAUCAGCAAUGCUGGGUGAUGCCUUCCCUGUCCUCAGUUUCUUUCCUCUCCCUGUGAGACAGGAACCUCAGGGGCCAAGGGCAAGGCAGCAAAGCCCUGUAUGGCUGGGGUUUGGCUCCGUGCUCAUUCCUCCUUGCACACCCCUCAAAGUGCAUAUCUUUGGUGCCCCCCGGGCCCCAGCUGCUUCUGCCCUGGCCCGGAGCCAUCAGCAGGAGGACCUAGCUUUAAUAAAGAGUGGAGAAAUGAGCUUUCUGACUGGAUUCCAUGUUGUUGCCGCUCCUCGAUGCCCUCAGGGAGGCUCUGCAAGGUCUCGGGCCUUUUAUCUGCAAAAAAAAAAAAAAAAAAAAAAAAAACCACAAAAACUUUUUUUAGGAGUUUCUCCUUUCAGAAACUAGAAAUGGCCUGGGAGGAGUCAGCCCAAGAUGGGGCUUUGGCUCCUGCCUCCUGUGUCUACCAAGUCUUUCUGGGAGUCCCCAGCGGACCCCCCACACUGCCACAUACUCUUUGUAAUACACCUAUCUUGGGAUCUUAUUGUGCUUAGGAUUGUUUUCUCCAGCCUUCCCUUGGUCAAAGGAGACAGGCCAGGUCCCCUUCCUGGGGGUCCAGACAUGCGCUGAGUCCCAGACAUUUCCUCAGAGGCCUCAGCCGCUUCGUGGGUUUAUCCAGGCUCAUCUGCUCUGUGCCAAGGCAAAGGACACCUCCCCAAGACCCCCAAACUCCUUCCUUUCUACUGAUUUAUUGACUACCUUCUUCUCACCAGAUGAUGCCCCAUAACCAGAUCUGACUUCCCAUUCUUUGCCCGUGGAUUUGGAAAAGUAUGAACUACGAAGUAAAUUGUCUUUCAGAUGUGAUUUGGAGGCAUCAGAACAGAACCCAGUGUUUCAGUUAAAAAAAAAAAAAAGGCUUUGAGUGGCAGAUGGAUGUUAAGACCUAGUUAAAAAUUGAUGGCCUUGAGGAUCUUAAAAUCUAUUCAGAAAAGGCCAAUUAUUCCCGGAUAGAGCUUACAGAUGUCUGGCCAAAUUUUUGUUUGUUUGUUUCGGGGAGGGCGGGGGACCCAAUCCUGAUGGUCAUAGAAAAAAGAAAGUAGACAGCCCUUCUGGUUUUGAGAGGACUUCCAAAUUUUUGGAGUCCCUGACUGAUUCCCCAAGUGUCAAUUUAGCAUCUUCUAUCAUUGCCAAGGAGUAGAAGCCCGCAGGAGAUGUGACCCAUGCAAGGUGGUACUUUGAGAGUCUUGAGGCUCUGAGCACCCCUCUGGCCUCCCUCCACCUUUGUUAUUUUCCUGUUUCCCUCUUGCUUGCAUUUCCCCAACCUCCUUCCUUGCUCCUGACCCUUUCACUUGAUCUCUUCAGACAUCUCCUUCUAACUUUAUUUUUUAUUUCUCUAAUUGGCUACAUAUGGAAUAAAGUAUUUUGAAAUUUUUGGUUAUAUUUAUUAAAUAAAGCUUUAUGAUCCUUGUUCA